AUGUUUAUUUUAGGAGGUACACGUCAGAGAGCAGGUGGCGUAGAAAAGAAACGAGAUACGCCGCCGGCUGAAGAAAGACAUUUCUUUGUUAAUGCAGCAGCCGAUCGGAUGCACAAUAAUCUGAAAAGCAAAACAGUUAAAUAUCCUCAGAAUCUUAUCUGCAAUCAGAAAUACUCAAUUCUAACAUUCUUGCCUUUAGUCUUUAUUCACCAGAUGAAACACUUUUUGAAUGUUUUCUUCCUGUUUGUCAUGAUUUCACAACAUUUUGAGUUAGUUAGAGUUUCACAUCCUUUUACAUCUUUAUUCCCUUGGUUGUUAGUUCAGAUUCUAGUGUAUAUCAAAGAGGGAUAUGAUGAUUUCAAAAGAUACCGUCGAGAUAAGGAGGCUAAUGAUACAAUGUGCACUAGGUAUACGGCAGGAGGACCUGUACGAGUUCCUGCUUCAGAACUAGCAGUAGGAGAUCUGGUGGUAGUCAGUAAGGACGAGCGCGUACCGGCCGAUGCUAUGCUUCUCAAAACCUUAGAUUCAGCUGGAUCUUUGUUUGUACGUACUGAUCAACUGGAUGGUGAAACUGAUUGGAAGAUAAAACUAGCCCAUGCCGCUAUGCAAUCAGUUCGGUCGUUUGAUGAAGUCGCGCAACAGUACAUGGAGAUAGUAGCUGAGGCGCCUAGUCGGGAAAUAUACACCUUUAGUGGCAAACUGCAUAUAGAUGGACGCAGUCAUCGAGCGCAUGAGGAGAAUAUGCUUUGGAUGAAUAUGGUGAUUGCUGGAGGGACAGGUUUGUGUAUUGUAGUGUAUACUGGUAAAGAUACAAGGGCAGUAAUGAAUACAACUCAGCCUAGGAAUAAGUUUGGACUAGUUGAUGCUGAGUUGAAUUUCUAUACUAAAAUACUGUGUAGUGCGGCUUUUGGUAUUGCUGGUAUCUUUACAUUGUUACGAGGGACUUCUGCUUUGUGGUACAUUACUUUGGUUCGUUUUUUGAUUAUCUUCUCUACUGUGAUUCCGAUCAGUUUACGAGUGAACAUAGAUUGGGCGCGACUGGUUUAUGCCCGGGGAAUAGAGAAAGAUCCCGAUACAAAUAUUGUCGUACGUAACAGUAGUAUUCCGGAAGAACUUGGUCGGGUUGCUUAUCUCUUAACGGAUAAGACAGGUACUUUAACUAAGAACGAAAUGGAGAUUCGUAAAAUGCACACGGGAUCUCUGUGUUAUACUCCCGAGUCGGCCGCGGAAGUACAUGAAGCAGCUGCUGCCCCAAGAACGGCAGCUGAUCAUGCUGCUCAUGCUCUACUUCUAGCUAUGUGUCUCUGUAACAAUGUGAUGCCCUGUGAGGAGAAUGAAGUACGUGGAUACAUUUCCUCUAGUCCUGAUGAAAUGGCCAUGGUACGUUGGGCAGAACGAGCCGGAGUUGUGCUUUGGGCUCGUGGUCCUAACUGGGUAGAGGUCCAGCACGGUCAUGGUGAGAUUGUUCGGUAUACUGUCUUGUAUAACAUUAGGUUUACGAGUGAGAGUAAACGAAUGGGUGUAGUUGUUUCAACGGAGGACGUGCACACUCUUUAUAUGAAAGGGGCCGAUUCAGCCAUGGCCGGCUUACUACAGGAACGCGACUGGGUUGAGGAGGAGGCAGAAGCUAUGGCCCGGGAAGGGUUGCGCACAAUGGUCUUCGGCCGCCGAACUGUAACGGCAGAAGAAGCCGCUGAGAUAGCAGCCGGGGGACAGUUGAGUGAGGAAGGACUUGAGGCACUCGGCGUAACGGGAGUUGAGGAUAAACUAGCCACGGGUGUGCGAAUUUCAUUGGAAACUCUGCGGAAUGCCGGGAUUAAAGUAUGGAUGCUAACUGGGGACAAAGUUGAAACUGCGCGGUGCGUAGCUUUAUCAUCACGACUGUUCACGCGGUACCACCAAGUCCUGACGGUAACUGGAGUUAAAACACGAAGUGAAGCAGAUACGGCUCUUGGUCGGAUUCAAAGGGGUCGGGACUGUUUAGUAAUUGACGGAGUGAGUUUGCGCGUACUGAUGGACGUUUAUCCGGAGCAGUUUAUAUCUGCGGCGUGUAAGUUAGUAGCGGUGGCUUGUUGUCGGUGCUCGCCGACCCAGAAGGCCGAAAUAACAGCAGCGAUUGCUAAGAUCAGUGGGAAGCGGGUUUGUUGUAUUGGUGAUGGCGGGAAUGAUGUGAGUAUGAUUCAGCAGGCCCAUGUUGGUGUAGGUAUUGUUGGUAAAGAGGGGAGACAAGCCUCUUUAGCCGCCGAUUUUAGUGUAAAUGAGUUUCAGGAUAUUGUUGAUCUGAUCUUAUGGCACGGUCGGAAUGCCUAUAAGAACACGGCGAAAUUAGCGCAGUUUAUUAUACACCGGGGAGUAACCCUGGGAGUGGCUCAAGGGAUCUUUUCGUCUUUGUUUAGUUUUUGUCCUAUCUCUAUCUACCAGGGUAAGAUAUCAAUUGGGUAUGUGACUUUUUAUACGUUUUUGCCGGUGUUUAGCAUUGUCUUAUCUAAAGAUACCACGAAAAAGGUGGCCCAUAAGUUCCCGGAGUUAUAUGCUGAGAUAUCAAGUGGAAGUAUGCUGAAUAACAAUACGUUUAGUACGUGGAUGUUGAUGGGAUACUACCAGGGAGUGACCAUUAUGGUUUUGGCCCUGCUCUUCUUUGAAAGCAUGCUUGUGCAGUUGGUGAGUAUUACCUUUUCGUGUCUUGUUCUGAACGAGUUGCUGAUGGUCUUUUUGUGUGUUAGCAAGGUGCAUAUGACUAUGAUAUUUAGUCAGACUGUGUCAGUGCUGAUGUACUUGCUGAGUUUUAAGUUGUUAUCUGAUGAGAUUCAAGUGCCUUCACAAUGGGUGCAGUUUUGGUUGCAAGUACUACUGAUCAAUAUUGUGGCUAUUCUUCCCGGGAUUAUCCAGUGGGUUUGGAAGUAUUGGAUGAGUCCUCCUAGCUAUCGCAAGAUUCAGUCUACUUAUAGCUAG